AUGGCGUGGUCUGGUCUCUACGUCCUCCAUAGGGAUUACAAGCUUGCGCACCAAUCCCUUUCUCAACAAGUACCAUAUGAUGAAAGUGAUGAUGAAAGAGAAGAUGAUUCUAUACAUGAUCAACUUUCCUUGGACGUGAAGAAUUUGAAUUUGAAAGACGAGGUUUCCGCGGAUGAAAAUGUCGCAAAGAAAUUUACUUUUCAUAAGCUUGCUGUUGCAACAGGGAAUUUCAAGGCAGAUUGCUUUGUUCGUGAAGUAGGGUUUGGAAAGGUUUAUGAAGGUUACAUCGAGAAAAUAAAUCAGGUUGUUACAAUAAAGCAGCUUGACCCUAUCGUGCUUCAAGGAAAAAGGAAAUUUGUUUCUGAAGCGUUAAGACUCAGUUUAGCAGAACACCCAAAUCUUGUCAAGUUAAUUGGGUUUUGUGCUGAGGGAGAACAAAGGCUGUUGGUUUAUGAGAACAUGCCAUUAGGAUCUUUGGAGAACCAUUUGCAUGAUCUUUCCCCCGGGAAAAAACCGCUAGAUUGGAAUACAAGAAUGAAAAUAGCUGUUGGUGUAGCUAGAGGUUUGGAGCAUUUGCUUGAUGAAAUGAAGCCUCCCGUCAUAUACCGUGACCUCAAAUGCUCCACCAUUUUGUUAGGCGAAGAUUAUCAUCCCAAGCUAACUGAUUUUGGCUUUGCAAAAGUAGACCCAAUUGGUAAUAAGAAUUUUUCGACAAGUGUUAUGUGCUCAUAUGGGUAUGGUGCUCUGGAUUACGCAGUGAUGGGUCCAUUGGUAGUCAAGUCUAACAUUUAUAGCUUCGUUGUUGUUCUUUUGGAGCUCAUUACAGGCAGAAAGGCCAUCGAUUAUAGAAGACCUGCUGAUGAAAAAAUUCUAGUUGCAUGGGCAUGGCCGUUAAUCAGAGACCGGCGAUUCUCGGAGUUGGUGGAUCCAUUGCUUGAAGGUCGAUAUCCAGUGUGGGGUUUGUACCGGGCUCUCACUGUUGCUGCUAUGUGUGUUUUGGAGGAGCAGCCUGAUGUGCCACCUUCUAUAGCCGAUGUGGCCACAGUUCUAAAUUGCAUUGCUACACAUCAGUACGAUCCACAAGUUCAUCCGAUACAAAACUCGUGA